AUGUGUUUGUAUGUUGGUGUACUUGAAGAGGAUGGCCCCGGAUCACUUCGAGAAGGAUGUCGAAAGAAAGAGCCGCUUUGGAUUGUGUUUGAUGUGUCAGGCACCAUUUGUCUCUCAUCUUACCUGAACGUGUCGUCCUAUAAGACUGUUGAUGGCCGAGGCCAGAGAAUAAAACUUACUGGGAAAGGCUUGAGGUUGAAGGAAUGUGAACAUGUUAUCAUAUGCAAUUUGGAGUUUGAAGGUGGUAGAGGACCCGAUGUCGAUGGCAUUCAAAUAAAGCCUAAAUCCCAGCACAUUUGGAUUGACCGGUGCAGCCUUCGCGAUUAUGAUGAUGGACUUAUAGACAUAACGAGGGAAAGCACCGAUAUCACCAUCUCUAGGUGUCAUUUUGCGAAGCACGACAAGACGAUGCUCAUCGGAGCAGACCCCUCUCACGUCGGGGAUAGGU